GCCUUUUUUUCUCUUUGAAAUGGAAUAACAUCACCCAGCUGACAAUGAGUUUGUCUUCAACUACUUAUGUUGAGAACCAGAGAGGCAAUUCUGAUACUCCCCAUUAACAUUCACUUGUGAAAUGGCAAUUUCCAUUUCUCGGUGUAACCAAUUCUUCCAUUGUUGGACAGUUCCUAAAGCAUCCCUUUUCAAGAGGAAAUGCCUCUCUUUUGCUUCAUCACAGCAACUCAACUCUUCUGGUACAGAGCUUUGUUUUUGCAUUGGAACUCACCUCAUCCCACAUCCCAAUAAGAUUGACAAAGGUGGGGAAGAUGCAUUCUUCGUGAGCACCUACAAUGGAGGAGUUAUCGCGGUCGCUGAUGGUGUCUCUGGCUGGGCUGAAGAGAAUGUGGAUCCUUCGUUGUUCUCUCGGGAACUUAUGGCCAAUGCUUCAUGUUUUGUAGGGGAUGAAGAGGUAAACUAUGAUCCUCAACUCCUCAUAAGGAAAGCACAUGCUUCUACUUCCUCUAUAGGUUCAGCUACUGUAAUUGUUGCCAUGCUGGAGAGGAAUGGAAUGCUAAAGAUUGCUAAUGUAGGGGAUUGUGGAAUAAGGGUCAUUCGCUGUGGUCAGAUAAUUUUUUCAUCAUCGAUACAAGAACAUUAUUUUGAUUGUCCCUAUCAAUUAAGCUCAGAAAUGCUCACGCAGACAUAUGCCGACGCCAUGGUUAGCAGUCUGGAAUUAAUGGAGGGAGACAUCAUUGUGAUGGGCUCAGACGGACUUUUUGACAAUGUUUUCAGUGAAGAAAUUGUUUCAACAAUUACUGAACACAAGGGUGUGGCAGAGGCUGCAAAGGCAUUAGCUAACCUAGCAAGAACACAUGCACUGGAUUCAGAAUUUGACUCGCCGUAUGCCUUGGAAGCAAGAUCAAAGGGUUUUGAUGUUCCAUUGUGGAAGAAAAUACUUGGAAUGAAGCUUACAGGAGGGAAGGUUGAUGAUAUUACUGUGAUUGUUGGCCGCAUCGUAAAAUCAGAAGAACCAGAAGUACCAACGCUCUCAGAAGAACCGGAAGUACAAGAAGAACCAACACUCUCCAACGACGCUGAAAUAUGAAUAGUUUUACACAAUACUUUACUGCAUCAUUGUAAAGAUCAUCCAAUUGCUUUGAUAAGCUACUGAGUUGAAAAUUGUUCCAUAAAACACCUGAUUAUGAUAGAUUUAAUUUCAAAGUUUUCGCCA